CCCAACGCCAUUCCGAUGCCGCGAAAGAAGGGAGUGAUCUGGUCAUUCUUCAACGACCUGCCUGACGAUGAGUCGUCCCGCCUAAAGAUGAGUCGCGUCGAGUGCAAGUACUGCAAAGGCAAUGUCGUCAAGAGCACUAGUCGCCUUCGAUCCCACCUGCGUAUCUGCCCCAACUUUGACGGCGCCCUCAUGCCACCACUGGACGAUGACGACGACGACGAUGGCGUGGUCGACUUCAAGGACCCGAAACUCGUCAAGGAUGACGGUGGCAAGGGGGAUUCGUUUCAUCCUCUCAGUCGGUACAUAGAUCACACACUCCUCAAGCCCGACGCGACUCCGCACGACAUUGCCGCGUUGUGCCGCGAAGCCCACGAGAACGGCUUUUACUCCGUCUGUGUCAGCAGCGUGUAUGCCUCACAUGCUCGUCAAGUCCUGGACGGGUUUGAAAAAAAGUCCAAGCGCACGAAUGGCCAUCAUGUCAAGGUGACGUGCGUGGUCGGAUUUCCUUCUGGUGCGACACCGUCCGAGAUCAAGGCACUUGAGGCCACAAAUUGUCUCACGGCGGGUGCGGAAGAGAUCGACAUGGUGGUGCCCGUGGGGUACCUCAAAGGCGGUGACCAUGCUUAUGUGCUGCGAGACAUCAGUGCAGUAGUGUCCGCGUGCAAGAAGUUCAGCGCCGUGAGCAAAGUCAUAUUGGAAACCGCGUUGCUGACUGACCCAGAGAUUGAAACGGCGAGUCACUUGGCCAUCUCCACGGGUGCCGAUUUCGUCACGACGUCCACGGGCUUCUCCACGCGCGGCGCGUCCGUCCACGACAUUCAGUCCAUGGCGCGAAUCGCACACCCUCGCAACGUCCAGGUCAAAGCAAGCGGCGGCAUCCACUCGAUGGAGCAGGCGCAGCUCUUGAUCCAAGCAGGCGCCACGCGACUGGGCACGUCUGCGGGCUUGAUCAUCGCCCACCUUCCCACGCCUCCUCCCGUCGUGUCGGACUACAACAUGUCGCUUUGAUGACCACGGCCGCCCCUCUGUAGGAAUAAUAGCACCAACAACCACCACCCACGCGCAAUAUGUUAAUCAAAACACAUGUGUGUCAGUCAUAUCUACGCUUGAAACUGGGAAGUGGGAUUUGCACCCUUGGUGAUCGCCACGCCUGCCGACGUGCCUAACCGCGUCGCCCCUGCAUGGAGCAUCAAUUGCGCAUCCUCAACGCAUCGGAUGCCGCCGCUGGCUUUGACCUGGACGUUGUGGGGUCGCGCCAGUCGCGCCAUCACCUGGACAUCAUGCACGGACGCGCCGCGCGUGGAGAACCCCGUGGAGGUCUUGAUGAAGUCGGCGCCGGCCGAAAUGGCCAGUCGCGACGCGAUCUCGACCUCGGUUUCCGUGAGCAGCGCCGUUUCCAAGAUGACUUUGCACGUGACCGCGUUCGUGUGGGGCCGCUUGCAUGCUGCGACCACCGCACUAGGCUUGAUGUCAUGAGUUAAGUGGCGGGGACGAGGACAAGAUGGACCUGAUGUCGCGUAGCACGUACGCGUGGUCGCCGCCUUUCAACUUGCCCACGGCGAUCACCAUGUCGAUUUCUUGGGCGCCGGCGUCGAUGUAUUGGGCUGCCUCGAACGCCUUCACCUCGGACGUGGACGCUCCAAGGGGAA